AUGAAUCUCAAAAGGUUGUGCUUUUCUUUGGGAACCUCACGACUGGCCUGUUGCUGGAAGGUACCAAGAUGCCUAAAAUACAGCUUGAUGGAAUAACGAUAGAUUUUCCUUACAUUCCUUAUAAAUGCCAAGAGGAUUAUAUGUCUAAGGUGAUAGAAUGUUUACAAAAGAAAGUAAAUGGGAUUCUAGAAAGCCCGACUGGUACAGGAAAAACACUUUGUCUUUUGUGUGCUUCUUUGGCCUGGAGAGAACAUGUAAGAGACAGUAUUUCAGCAAACAAAAUAUCCCGUCAAUUGAACGGGGAAGAACUUUUUGAUGGUCGAUCUCUGUCUUCAUGGGGCAGUGCAUCUGUAGAUGCUGAUUCAGCAAGUUACAGUGAUAUCCCAAAGAUCGUUUAUGCCUCAAGGACACAUUCACAACUCACACAAGUUAUUAAUGAGCUAAGGAAUACAGCAUACAGACCAAAGGUGUGUGUUCUUGGGUCAAGAGAACAGCUCUGUAUCCACCCUGAAGUAAUGAAACAGGAAAGCAAUCACGUAAAGGUCCACAUGUGUCGAGUAAAAACUUCCACACGAACUUGCCACUUCUAUAACAAUGUAGAGGAAAGUACUGCUAUCCAGUUUAACCCUCAGUUGCUACUUCAGGUCAAGUUUGGAGCAGAAACCCAAAAUGCUGUUUGUCUUUCAGCACAGUUACAUUCUGUUGUUAGCUCAGGUUCUUCAACUCCAUCAUUUUACCAUCCUUUGGCUUUUCUUGCUUCCUUGGGCUAG